AUGAGCGAACAGAAACCCGUGCAGCAGAAAAUUUCGCUAAUAUCAUCCGAUAAUGAGACAUUCGAAGUUGACCGAAAUGUGAUCAGAUUAUCAACCACGAUCAACACAAUGCUUCAAGAUUUGGGAAUGGAUAAUCAAGAUGGAGGGGAUAUUGACAUGGUUGAAGGUAUUCCAUUACAAAGCGUCAACUCAGCCAUUCUCAAAAAGGUUAUCCAUUGGUGUGAGUACCAUAAAGAUGAUCCGAUCCCACCAGAAGAUAAUGAUAACAAAGAGAAGCGCACUGACGAUAUUUCAUCUUGGGAUGUCGAAUUCCUUAAAGUUGAUCAAGGCACAUUGUUCGAGCUUAUUCUGGCAGCGAAUUAUUUGGAUAUUAAAGGACUGCUGGAUGUAACGUGCAAGACGGUAGCUAAUAUGAUUAAGGGCAAGUCACCGGAAGAGAUUCGAAGGACCUUUAAUAUUAAGAAUGACUUCACUCCAGAAGAAGAAGAACAGAUUCGAAAGGAAAAUGCAUGGUGCGAAGACUGA